CUACCUCUUGCUUGUUUGCAUUUUCUUGGGGUGUCUUUGAAUAAAAUGAUCAUUUUAAGCCUUUGUUAUGACUCAUGUAUACUUAAGUUUCUGUGCACUCAAGUUAUGUGCAUACCAUGCAUGGUAAAUGGAAAAAAGAAUUUGAGAUAUUAAGGAUAAGAAGCAGAAAUGCGAAAAUUUAGUUCUCCUCUAUGAUGCCCACGAUUAUGAAGUUAUAUUCCUCCUAAAAUAUAUAAUGGACGUACAUUUUCUGAUAUAUCAUUAAUUGAAAUUCCAUAAACAAACCAACGACGAGAGGUUAUACGUGUAAGCUUUUUUCAUACUUUUAUAGAGAGGAAAAUGUAAGAAAGACUUUUGUUUCUUUCGGUCGAAAACCUCUAAUUAUUAAACCGUGUAAAAAAGUAGAGAGCGGAUUGCUAUUUAUAGAAAAUGAAACGAUAGCAUGCGAAAGGAGGCAAUUCCUUAAAUGGUCUGUCUAACCCUUGACCAAUGCAUUGGUUGGUUAAAAAAACCAAAUAAUGACAACAACAUGCGGGUCCAUCAUCUUAUGCUAGCUCCUUUAACCGGACUUAAUUUAAGUAACCCAAUUCGCCUACAUAGCUCCGACACUCUCACACUCAUUCAUGAAAACGUUCUUUACAGAGUGCUUACAAUUUGUGACUUGAUAAUUAUAAGAGCAUAAAUUUUUGAAGGGAGAUCACAAAUUUCUGGAUCACCUUCCUUUUCCGAUGGGAUGGACCGAAAAAAACUACGGGGUCUUAUUCAUCCUCCUCCGAUACCAUCUAAUGACUUCAGUGUCUCAUCAACACCAGUUGAAAUAUAGGGCUCCAUCCAUCCUCUCACAAAUUUUCAUCGACUACCUGUCACCGGCUCCACCAAAGUACAACAUCGCUACUCGAUAUGUGGGGGACUGACGAAUUUUAGGGUUCCGAUGUGAAAAGAGGAAUUUCAAACUUAGAAGGAGAUUAGAGUAGUCAUUGUCGAUCGGCUUAAGAUCUGGGUAGAUAGGAGACGACGAUGAGUUGGGAAUCAUGAUCGGGGAGGAAGAGGAAAGGUUGUUAUUUUUUUCUUCGUCAAGCUUGAAUUGGAGGAUAAUAAAUGGCCAUAGGUUAGAAACGAGGGGUACAAAUAUAUUCUACUUUCUCAUUUUUGUAAGGCAAAACUUUGAUAUUUUUUAUUUAAAAAAAUAAUCAAAUAAUGAAAUGAAAUUAGCAGUGUUGUAAGAAAAUAGGAAUAAUUUUCUUGAUUGCCCUGUGGCCCGUGCCCUCUGGGGUUACUCGAGUAUGGAGUAUCUAGGGGAAGGAUUGCCUCGGCAUACCUUCCCGUUAUUUCUGAAGAGAUUGUUGGCUUUGGUUGAUAAUCCGACGUUGUUCAUGGCUGUGGUAGCCAUCCUGUGGCGGAUUUGGCGUUCUCAGAAUUGGGUUGUCUUUGAGGGUAACCAGUUCGGAAUCCCAGCCUUGAUGCGUCAAUUCCAUCAACAGUAUGAGGAGUGGGUUAGCCUGUCCACGGGUCCAGUACCGACUUCGAUCAUGCCUGCUAGGGUCUCUUUGAAUCCAGCUGGAGAUAAUAGGGUGGUUUGUUUGUGGGAUGGGGCCACAAAAAGGGGGUCACAUUCGGCUGGUGGGAUGGUUCUUUUGAAUCCGGACAGGGCGAUCCUUUUGGCGAAGGGCGUUCAGUUCCAGUCGAUGGAUGAUCCUAUGAUUGUGGAGUUGCUGGUUCUGAGGGAGGCUAUCGUGUGGUGUCUUGAGCUCGGCUUCUCGGACGUCCGAUUUGAGGGGGAUGCUAAAGUGCUCAUUGAUAAAGUCAACAAGGAGGAUACUAGAGAUAAUAGGGUGGGGGCUGUGCUUGAAGAGAUAAUGUACUAUGUUCAUGCCCAUGCUGGUUUGGCUGUUCUAUUUGUAGGUCGGAGUAACAAUAGGGUAGCCCACUUGGUGGCUAGAAAGGCCCUUUCUUUGUACCUGGCUAUUAGUCGUCACUUUGAUUUUCAGACCUGGCUUAUUUCCAGGAUGUAACUAUCGAUCUUUGCUAUCAAUAUAUGAUUAUCUUUUGU